AUGGCUUCCAUGAAUGACUGGUUAGCCUUCUCUCUUUCCCCGCAGGAGGUGCCGAAUUCCUCACAAAUCCCUCAUCUCAUCUCCUCGCUCGCGGCCGGUGUCUCCGGUAGCAGCUACGUCGACGAUCCUCCGAUGGGGAUACCGACCAUCAGAAACGAUGGCUCUUUCGGUGUCUUAGAGGCCUUCCAUCGACCUGUGCACCAAAACCAUGACUGGAACCUGAAGAUCUUGGACUUCAAGGGCGCCGGCUCGCCGUCUGAGUUGUCGAUGCUGGUUGGGUCCAGCAGAAGCUACCGGAACCACACCGGCAUUCAUGACGACCAGGAGGAGCCCAAACUCGAAGACUUUCUCGGCGGAAACGACUCCUUCGCCGAUCACGACCAGAAAGCAGUGCUUCCCGACUACAUGUUCCCGGUGCAAGACGCUUCCGUCGUCUUGACACACGAUCACGGAGCCGGCGGCCUGAUCCACACCGUCGGGUCUUUCUCCGGAAGCAGCAGCGGCAGCAACAACAACUCCAUCGGGCUGUCGAUGAUCAAGACGUGGUUGAGGAACCAACCGGCCGGCACCGUCGACAGAAUCACUGACCGCGAAAUGGUGGCGGUCGCCGGAGAGAGUAGCAGCAGCGCGGGCAAUGCGACGAAUAUUGCGGCGUACGCGAACACGAACGCGCCGCAGGGGCUGUCGUUGUCGAUGAGCACCGGGACGCAGUCGAAAAGCGGCUCUGGCGCCGUCCUACCGCUGCUGCCUCCAGUCGCAAUGGGCGGCGGCGGCGAGAGUUCCUGCUCCAACAGCAAGCAGAAAGGGGCAGGAAUCGGGCAGCUCGAUGCCCAAACAGGUGCAAUCGAAGCGAUCUCAAGGAAACCGGCGGACACAUUCGGCCAAAGAACUUCCAUUUACCGGGGCGUCACAAGGCAUAGAUGGACAGGUAGAUACGAGGCUCAUCUGUGGGACAAUAGUUGCAGAAGAGAAGGACAGACUCGCAAAGGUAGACAAGUCUAUUUAGGUGGAUAUGACAAAGAAGACAAGGCAGCAAGGGCCUAUGAUUUAGCUGCUCUCAAGUAUUGGGGUCCCGCGACCACUACCAAUUUCCCAAUAAGCAAUUAUGAGAAAGAGAUGGAGGAGAUGAAACACAUGACGAGGCAGGAACUUGUUGCAUCUCUUAGAAGAAAAAGCAGUGGAUUCUCUAGGGGUGCUUCCAUUUAUCGUGGAGUUACUAGGCAUCACCAGCAUGGUCGAUGGCAAGCAAGAAUAGGAAGAGUAGCCGGAAACAAGGACCUCUACUUGGGAACUUUCGGUACACAGGAAGAGGCCGCCGAGGCGUACGACGUGGCGGCGAUUAAAUUCCGCGGUCUCAACGCGGUGACCAACUUCGACAUGAGCCGCUACGACGUCAAGAGCAUCCUCGAGAACAGCACCCUCGCCAUCGGCGGCGGAGGAGCCAAGCGGCUCAAGGAAGCCGCAGCCGAAGACCGCGCGGAGGCCAGGGUCCACGGGCACCUGAUCCGGGCGGCUACCGCUGAUGAUCACGGCCGGCACCUCCUCGCCCCCGGAGAGCACUUCGAUGCAGCCGGCUUCGGCUGGCCCACCAUCGCCUUCCGCCAGCCACCCGGGCAGGUGGAGAACUCUUCGCCGCUCGCACUACAGUAUCACCCCUACGCCCCGCCGCCGCAGCGCGCGGGGUGGUGCAAGCAGGAGCAGGAGGCGGCGCACGGCGGGCACGGCCUCCGUCAGCUCCGCUUGGGCGGAGCGCACAACUUCUUCCUCCAGUCGUCACCGGCCAACGCCGUUCUCCACGACUUAGUCACCUUGGAGUACUCGCCGCUCGAGCCCGGAACCGGGCCGUCCAACUCGGCCGUCUAUAACGCCGGCGGCUACCAGCAGGGUGGGUUUGCGACGCCGAUGGCGGCGAUGGAUCAUCGAGGAUUGGACGCCGACGACAGCAGCGCUUAUUAUCUCGCGCAGCAUUUGGAUACCAAUAGCGCCACAUGGAUGCCGACGUCGGGUCAAGCUACGGAUUCCAGGUCCGUCGCCGGAGCAUCAUUCUUGAGGGCGUGGAAUAAUGAUGGAUGA